CCUCCCAUGACCCUCUGUAGCAUGUCCUGGAUGCUGCUUUCCUGCCUGAUAAUCCUUUCUUGGGUGCAAGGUGAAGAAUCCCAAAUGAAAGCACCUUUUCCAUGCAUCAGCUGCCCCCAAGGCUCCCAUGCCUGUAGCUCCUAUUGCUCUUCAGUAAUCCCACCUUGUUGGCUGGCCUGCCAGAUUCAUUUCUCAGGACAUCUGGCAUUUCUGCUCAGGACUGGUGAAACUACCUCCAUGUCCUCCCUGGUAAAGAACAGUUUGGCUACCUACCAAUACAUCUGAAUUGGACUCCAUGAUCCCACACAUGGUGCACUACCUAUUGGAAAUGGACGGAAGUGGAGCAGCUCUGAUGUGCUGACCUACUAUAACUGGAAGAGGAACCCCUCUAUUGCUGCAGACCUUGGUUAUUGUGCAGCUUUGUCUCAGGCCUCAGGAUAUCAGAAGUGGAGAGAUUACAAUUGCGAAACACAGCCUCCCUAUGUCUGCAAAUUCAAGGGCUAG